GCCGAACAGCCGACGCCAAAGAAGGACGUCAAGGAGGACGGUUCGGAUCAGUGGUUGCAGCAGGUGGCCGCGAAGACGGAGUCGGCCGCACUCAAGUCCAUGGUCUCGGCCGAGUUGGCCAAGCUCCAGGCGAUGGGCACCUCCGAGGUCAUUGUCCCUGGCAUGGAGGCCGAGGCGGUCAGGAGGUCCACUGCCAAGAUCCUGGCGCAGGCGGAGAAGGCGAAAAGGGCUGCCACCGAGGCGCUUGCGCGCGCGGAGGGCAUCUCGUCUGCCUCGUCCGCCACGGACUCAGCAGCAGGGGGCAUCACGCAGCCAAAAUUCAAUGUUACAUGGAAUGAGGAGCUAUUCAAAGGGCCCGAGCACUUGGAGUGCGAGGAGGCCGAGGGGACCGCGCUGCGCCGCGUCCACUCUCAGCUUCAGGAGCUCCAGAGCACCUUGAGCGCCAAGGAAGCCGACAUCCAGGUUAUGCUGGACAAGGCCGCCGCUGCGCGCAAGGAGGUGGACGACCGUGGCAGCGGUGGGGUUGGCGCUGGCGUUGGCAGCGGCGCCACCCCCGACGCCGCCCCGACGGCGAUGGAGGCCGAGCCCACCAGCGCUGCUGAGGCCGCGGUCCUCGCCGAGGCCGAGCAGGAGGAGAAGCAGCGCCUCGACCAGGUCGCGGCCAGGCUCUCGGCGGCGAAGUUCGCGGCCCGGCGCGCCGAGCUCGAUGAGCAGAAG